UGGAGGAAGCAAAGCACCUCUGCGGACUGGGAGGCGCUGUCAUGUUGGCCGAGCUGCUCUUCCAGGCUGCUUGGAUGGCUGUGUUCCUUCAAGGGACUCAGGGGAGACUCUACACAGGAAGGAGGAAUCUUGCCAACUUCGCCGUAGAGAGGCAUCGCAUUGGACCACAUGUUUGUCUCUCUGGUUUUGGAAGUGGAUGCUGUCCUGGGUGGAUACCAUCUCCAGGGAGUGGACAGUGCACCUUGCCACUCUGUUCCUUUGGCUGUGGCAGUGGUUUCUGCAUAGCUCCCAAUGUCUGUGCCUGCAGGGACGGAAGGCAGGGCGUCACCUGUCAAGACCCUGCUGGAGCCUGUGGGGAGUAUGGCUGUGACCUCACCUGCAAUCAUGGGGGCUGCCAGGAGGUGGCAAGGGUGUGCCCGCUGGGAUUCUCUAUGACUGAGACAGCUAAUGGUGUACGUUGUGUGGACAUUGAUGAGUGCCUGAAUGCUUCCUGCGAGGGGCUUUGUGUGAACACAGAAGGGGGCUUUGUGUGCGAAUGUGGCCCGGGGAUGCAACUUGCCACUGACCGGCACAGUUGUCAAGAUACUGAUGAGUGCCUAGCAACACCCUGCCAGCAGCACUGCCAAAACAGUAUCGGCAGCUAUCAGUGUUCCUGCCACCCUGGGUUCUACCUGCAUGGCAACCGACAUUCCUGCAUGGAUGUGAAUGAAUGCCGCCGACCCAGUGAGAAGCGAACCUGCCACCACUCCUGCCACAAUACGCUGGGGAGUUUUAUGUGCAGCUGUCAUCCAGGCUACCGGCUCAGUGUGGACAGAGUGUCCUGUGAAGGUUUUUCAAAGUCCAGCCUGGCCCCUUCUCCCAUUUUACAAUCUCUCCAGCAGCCACCAACUCUGCUGCGCCUUUCUCCAGAAUCUGUAGGACCUGUCUUGCCCCCCAGAGGUUCCCCUCCUUCCCCAGCCCUUGCUCUCUCGAGGGUACCAGGAACCCCAUCUCCGUUCCCACUCCUUCCCAUUUUCUCAGGGCUUCCUCCUGCAGCUUCUCCCACCUCCACAUCUCCUCCCCGCAGCUCAUCUUUUGGCACCUCCUUCUGGCCCAGAACUGCCAGGCCUUCUCCACCACCUCUGCUUCAAAAGAAGGUUAGCCCACCCCUUCCCCCAAGCCCUUUAUCUCCCUCAGCUCCCCCUGAUGCCCUGCCAUCUGCCUGCUGGCAUGGAGGGGUUCUUCAUGAAAAUAGCAGCUACUGGACAGAACCACCAUGUCUGAAUUGCUCGUGUAAGGGUGGACAAGUGUUUUGUCGAGCAGUGAUAUGUGAAGUUUCCUGCUCUCACCCAAUUCCUCCAGCCCAGGGAGAGUGCUGUCCUAGCUGUGCAGGCUGUUUCUAUUAUGGGAUGUCCAGAGUUGAAGGGGACGUAUUCUCUCUCUCUGAGGAGAACUGCACAGUCUGUGUCUGCCUGGCAGGCAACAUUUCCUGUAUUUCUCCAGAAUGUACACCCAGCCCAUGUCCCAGUUCUGCUCAGACAGACUGUUGUCCCUGCCAGCCAGCAGAGUGUCAUUUCCGCGGGCAGAUAUAUGCAGAGGGGACUGAGUUCAACCCUGAUGGUGAUGACUGUACCACCUGUGUGUGCAGGCAAGGUGAAGUAGAGUGCUCCUUCAUUCCCUGCCCUACACCAGGAUGUCCCCGUGAGGACUGGCUGCUGGCUCCAGGGCAAUGCUGCUUCACCUGCCGAAGGACUGGACCCAUGACAGGUUGCUUUAUAGAUGACAAUGGAGUUGAAUUUCCAGUAGGACAACUCUGGUCACCGGGUGAUCCCUGUGAGUUAUGCAUCUGCCAGGCAGAUGGUUCAGUGAGCUGUAAGAGGACAGAUUGUUUGGAGAUGUGUCCUCAUCCAAUCCAAAUCCCAGGACAGUGCUGUCCAGACUGCUCAGCAGGCUGCACCUAUGCAGGGAAGAUCUUCUAUAACAAUGAAACCUUCCCCUCUGUCUUGGAUCCAUGCCUGAGUUGCAUUUGUUUGCUGGGCUCUGUGGCGUGUUCUCCGGUGGACUGUGUCAUAUUUUGUACAUACCCUUUCCAUCCAGAAGGCGAGUGCUGUCCAAUUUGUCAUGAUUGCAAUUACAAGGGAAGAAAAGUAAUCAAUGGAUACAACUUUGUUCCAGAAGAUGAACCCUGUGUUUAUUGUACCUGCCAGCUUGGGGAGGUGAGCUGCAAGAAGUCCUGUCCAAACACCUGUAUGGAGCCCUUUGGUCCCUUGACUCAUUGCUGCCUGGACUGCCAAAAUAAUGAAGUUACAGAUGAUUUGGCCUCCCUGGAGAAUAGAGUAGCCAACCCUGUCUUGGAAGAUGGAGCAUCAGAGACAUCCUUGCAAACUCUUCAAAGAGGUUACACAGCCCUGGUGUCUGACAGCCACUGCAGCUACUGCAGCUCUACCUCCAACAUUGCUUCACUCACUCCAGAGGUUCCUCUUGAGGCAAGUAAUGCAAGUGAACAGGAGACUCUACUUAUGAACACAACCGCACUAGGGAAUGUUGGACUCCACCAAACCAGACCAGGAGAGGCCAUCAGGUUGCAUCUCAAUGAACCACCAAGUGGCAUCCCUCCUUCUUGGCUAGGCCAUUCAGCAAUUCCUCAGAUAAAGCCAGAGUCCACUGUACCACUUCUAAGUAACCCAGAAAGCUUUGGAGAUCUUCCUGGCAGAUCAACUGGAUCCUCUAUGACUCAUUCCAGCCUGUCUUCUCUUUAUUCAAGUACAAGCAGAACCACUGCAUCUCCCACUGCUGCUCAUACUUCCAUUCCACCCACUCCAACUAACCUCAGAAAUUCCAUAACUGCCUUAUUUCAGCGUUCAAACACCCACAACCUUCCUCUGCCAGCUGAAACAUUUUCUCCUUCAGCCAGCUCUAAUCUAGAUUCCCUUCAAGAGCUUCCUAACAGCCCAACCCACAUAACACAGUUUUCUUUGGAUGAGAAAAAUGUGGGGAACAACUCUAAAUUAACUCCUAGUGAUGAGAAUAGCCUCACUAAUAUAUCUCCAUAGAUUGGGGAAAAUGCUGGACUUAUUUCGAGUAACAGGAACAUAACCACUUUAAUCUCAUAAAAACAGCAGCAUCUACCUAUAAGGUUGCUGGUAGCUAGUUUUCCCACUAUGUAUUCAUGGCAAUAACCACUUUCUGGCUUCUCAGAGAGCAGGCCCUCUUAGUGGGGAGAUCACUUCAACCCUUGCUUGGGUUGAAGUACUAAGACCUCCUUGGAUUUAGAAGACAAUAGAAAAAUCCUUUUAUUUGCAGUAUCAGUAUACACAUUCCAGUAAAGCAUAAAGAUUUCAGAAUGGAAGCAUGGCAAAUAGUAGGACCAUAGGCUAAUUCACCCUCUUCUACUGUGUGUUGUAUCCCUAAAGCCAGCAAGGGAAACAAUAAUUUGUUCCAGGAGUCACACAAUAAGUUUUCUCACACCGUGUCUAAUAUAGAUAUUCUGUUGCUGUUUGCAGUCCUAUAUGGACAUUUCAGGACUGAUUAUGUUGAAGAAAUGUGGCUGUUGAAGAAAUGAAGUCAGAAAUGAACUAAACAUUGUUUUACAAAACUAUUCUGUACUGUAUACUGGUAUGUACAAAACUGAUUCUUAUAGUGGAAGAUUUCCACUAAGUCUUUUCUAGUUCUGGUUACAGAUGUGUUAGUGUGUAUAGAAUUCUGCAAUUCAGAUGAUAAUAUGUUGAAACUUGAUUUAUAUGAACACUAAAGCUAUAGUAUCAUAUCUAAAGGUAAUGUAUUUUUCUAUGCCGCAGUUAAAAAUACAUUGCAAAGCUAAGCUUCUUAUGAGAAUUUCAUUUAAGAUUUCUUUGGUGAUGUUCCCAGUCUUUGGGAACAUUUAGUUCUUGAAAGGCUUUGAAAGUUGGGUGCAGCCCACUCAUAAAACAGGCAGCAUGACUGAAUUUUCUCAGGUACCUCAAAGAGGUGUCCAGUAAGGGUAUGUCAGCUUUUGAUAUUUGAAACCAGAAGGACUGUUGUUGUUUUCCCCCAUUCAAUAUCUCUGGGAAUUCUAAUUUUGUGAGAUUUCCAAUAAGUCUUUGUUGGGUGAUCUUUUAUGUAAUAGUGCUUCCUAAAGUUCCACGGCUAGCAUCAUUGUUCCUCUUUAAGCUUGGGUCUGAUGUAAAUGGACAGUAUCACAUACUGUGCUAGAGCGGUGCAGUGCUUCAGUUUCAAAGGCACAAAGGUGCUUCAGAGAGCACAAGAGCAGGAACUUAUCCCCUGCUUGCAGCUCAGUAAAGCAACAGUGCCUUUUCUCUGUGUCAUGUGGCUGUCCUCUCAGCUGCAGCGUGUUACUGGAAGAAGAUGCAUUUGGUCAAGGAGCUGCAAAUGGUGUUAGGUUAGUGCCUUGACAUGUUCUGGAGCACCCUUUUGCCUUUGAAUUCGAAGGGCAGAACAGCCAUAUGGAAUAUAACUUUGGGCACAUCCUGCGGCAGUUUGAAAAGUGGUUUGGAGCACAUCUAUGGUGCAUCCUUGGCUGGUUCAACUCCCAUAAGGCAGGUAGAGCCCAAUAUAUCCUCAACUGUAGCUUUGCUGGCAUCUAAGCCUUAGUCAAAUGAGCAUCCUCAGAAAGGGCCUUCUCAUCUGCAAUUUUUGCAGGUGGUAACCCAGAAAGUGCAAAACACUACUGUCUGGACAGGCAAAUCCACAUAUUAAGAAGCCAGUGUAGGAGUCUGAAGUGUUUGAUAUAGUUACACAGUUGGCCACAGACCUUCUGAGUGACUUUUGGUAAGGUUCUCAAACUGAUUCAGUUCAGUUCUGUCAAAACCACUCUACCUCAUAGGGCAUGUAAUGGCUUUAUGUUGGGUUAAAGUUGAUUUCCUCCAAGGAAUCCUGAAAAAUUGAGGAGACUAAAAAUUCACUAAAGAUUCCAACUCCCUUUCAUGGAACUACAUUUGUGGAAGGGGGAAUAAAAACCAUGUUAUGCCUCAUGUUGCUAUGCCUUGAACUAAUAAUGAACUAUGGCUUGAAGUGACAUUGCCUGGUUAUCAAGACAGCUGCAUCCUAUUCUCUUGCCACCCCUCCCCCUGAUUAAAGCCAUUUUUGUCAAUAUCCCCUAAAUUAGGGCAGAUUAGGGCACAUUGCUUGACGCCAUCGAUUGGACAAUGUGACUGACCUGCAUGAAAAGUUUUAUUGGUAGAUAUGAUAAAGUGCCUUUGUUUGUGAUGGCCACAUGCAUGUUUUCAUUUGGGCAGGAAUUAAAUGACAUUUCUGUAUGAAUUUACCUUGGUAUGUUGCAAUAUCAAAAUGAAUGCCUAUAUUGUGUGUUUCAUAUAUUGUUAUAAAAAUUUGGUAUUACAGUGCUGUGAACAAUUCCAUUUAAACAAAAUACUUUGUUUUAAAAAAUAAAAAAUAUAAUAAUAGAAAUUAUG